AUGUCGAGCUCUCAGGCCGGAGGUGACUCCAAGCUGUUCGCGAGGGGCAAAGUCGCGGAAUUGCGGCUCGAGCUGAACAGCGGAGGGAAAAAGGACAAGAACAAUGCGGGCAAGAAGAUCGCCCUCAAGAAGAUUGUGGCCAACAUGACCAUGAGCAACAAUGACAUGGUGGCACUGUUUCCCGAUAUUAUUGGAUGCAUGCACAUUCAGAGCCUCGAGAUCAAGAAGAUGUGCUUCUUGUUCCUAGUCAACUAUGCGAGGAUGAGGCCAGAGAUUGCGCUGCAGGCGAUACCCGUGCUCGAGAGGGAUAUGGACGACCCGAACCCCCUUGUGCGCGCCCUCGCCCUGCGGACCAUGUCCUACAUUCACGUUCGCGAAUAUGUCGAGGCCACGGUGCCCAUUGUCAAGCACAUGCUGCGCGAUCCCGACCCCUACGUGCGCAAGACGGCGGCCUAUUGCGUUGCGAAACUCUAUGACCAUGACCGUCGUGUUGUCGAGGCGUCAGACCUCAUCGACCGGCUUAACACGCUGCUGAGGGACGACAACCCGACCGUUGUUGCCAGUGCGCUGGCUGGACUGAUGGAUAUCUGGGAGAGGAGCGACUCGAUCAAGCUCACAAUCGACUACAGCAACGCAUCUAAAAUGGUCGCUAUUCUCGCCGACUGUUCAGAGUGGGGUCAGACGUACAUUCUCGAGGCGCUCAUGUCCUACGUGCCGCAGGAGUCAGGGGAGGCUCUGCUCCUGGCGGAGCGCAUAUCACCACGACUGUCGCACUCCAACUCGGCCGUCGUGCUCACGUGCAUCCGAGUCAUCCUCUACCUCAUGAACUACAUUGCCGACCAGAAACAAAUCUCGGCGCUCUGCCGCAAGCUGUCGCCGCCGCUGGUGACGCUGCUCGCCAAGGGCCCCGAGGUGCAGUACCUAGCGCUACGCAACGCGCUGCUGAUCCUGCAGAAGCGGCCGGAGGUGCUGCGUAACGACAUUCGCGUCUUCUUCUGCAAGUACAACGACCCCAUCUAUGUCAAGGUGACCAAGCUGGAGCUCAUCUUCAUGCUGGCCAACGAGAAGAACAUUGACGAGGUGCUCACGGAGCUGCGCGAGUACGCGACCGAGAUUGACGUGCACUUUGUGCGCAAGGCGGUGCGGGCCAUCGGCAAGCUGGCCAUCAAGAUUGAGCCGGCGGCGCGGCAGUGCAUCAACCUGCUGCUGGAGCUCGUAUCAACCAAGGUGACGUACAUCGUGCAGGAGGCGACGGUGGUGAUCCGCAACAUUUUCCGCAAGUACCCGAACCAGUACGAGUCGAUCAUUGGCACGCUGUGUGAGCACCUCGACUCGCUCGACGAGCCCGAGGCCAAGGCGGCCAUGGUAUGGGUCAUUGGGCAGUACGCCGACAGGAUCGAGAACAGCGAAGCGCUGCUCGAGGAUUUCCUCGACUCGUUCGCCGAGGAGCCGGUUGAGGUGCAGCUGGCGCUGCUGACGGCGACGGUCAAGCUAUUCAUCCAGCGGCCGACCAAGGGCCAGGAGCUCGUGCCGCGGGUGCUCAAGUGGGCGACGGAGGAGACGGACAACCCGGACCUGCGCGAUCGGGCCUACAUGUACUGGCGGCUGCUAUCCACAGACAUGGCGGCGGCCAAAACAAUCGUCAUGAGCGAGAAGCCGCCCAUCACGGCCGAGUCGGAGCGCCUCGACCCGGCCACGCUCGAGGAGAUGUGCCUGAAUGUCGGCACGCUGGCGACCGUCUACCUCAAGCCCGUGCAGACUGUGUUCCGGUCGGCGCGCGCCCGCAAACUGCUCGACUCGCCGGCGCUGCAGAAGCAGUACCUCGCGACGGCCGAGAAGCAGAAGAGCCUCAGCCAACUCGGCCUCGGCGGACAGCCGGCCGACAUUGACGUGCGCAACCGGGCGGCCAACGCGGCGACGGCGGCGGGCGUGGGCGCGGGUGCGGCCCUGGGCACGCCCAACGGAGACGGCAACGGCAACCUCGCGCAGGCGGUCAACGACGCGGACGCGUACUUUGCGGGCAUCGGACCGCAGCAGAUGGCGGCCAUGCGCGUGGACGACGGCGAUGUGUUUGGGGGCAACGGCGGGUACGAGACGGGUUACGUGGUGAACCAGCACGCGCCGCAGCAGGUGGUGCAGCCGGCGCAAGGGGCGGGGAGUAACGGUGAUCUGCUGAUGCUGUAG